AUGGAGCGUGAGGCAGAUAAUCCCGUCCAGACGAUUACCCAGAAUCAUCUUGGCUUGUUGACUCGCACCUACGUGGAUAAUAAGAUACCCGCAAAGAAUGGCAACUCGUCGCCAUGUUGGCCAGCUUUCGCCGCACAUGUCGAGGACCUCAACAAGAAGGCUCCGGAGGGGGUUUCCUUCAAGGUCAUCUUCCUCACCCGCCACGGCGAGGCCGUCCACAACCGCAAGGAGGGCGAAGUAGGCUCGAAGGAGUGGAAUACCAAGUGGGUUUUCCUAGACGGCGACGGCACCUCUGUUUGGGUCGACUCGGAUCUCACGGAGAUGGGCCAUCAGCAAGCAGCUGAGACGGGCCAAAUCUGGUCGAAGCUGGUAGAGGAGCAGGAUAUGCCCUUGCCUGCUUUGCACGUAAGUCCUCUGCAGCGUUGCCUCAGAACUUCGCGCGUCAUCUUCCAGGAUAUGUCCGAGAGACAGGGCCAGCAUUACCAACCCAUCGUCAAGGAGAUGCUGCGUGAGAUCACUGGUCGUAAUACUUGCAAUCGAAGAAACACCAAGUCAUGGAUCCACGAGAACUUCCCCGAGGUUGUGUUUGAGGAUGGCUUUGCUGAGAACGACGAACUCUUCGAUCCAGAUGCCAGCGAGACGGAGCAGUCGGUGAUCGUUCGACAGCAGGCAGCUCUUGAGGAUAUCUUCACUAACGAGCCGAACGACUUCGUUGCUGUGACUGCGCAUUCCGUGAAUGGUCGUGGCAUGAUGGCCGCUUUUGAGCACGAGAUCGUCAAGAUGGCACCUGGCUCCACCAUGGUGUUUCUUCUCAAGGGCACGAAGUUGUCGGAGUCACAAAGCGAGACACUCGGUGAUGAGUGGCUGACCAAUACCCCCAGCAUCGUCUAGUCAUUGGCUGCACGAGUAUGACUGCUUGGACAAAGACAGGACUGGAACUUGUUAGAGCAUUGCGAGUCUUGUCAUCGAAUAUGGCCACUGUCAGCAACCGCCUUGGCCUAUGCUAUGUCCGCAAGAACAAAGCUGAUGAACAUAAAACAGCACCGAAGGGUACAUGGGACAGCAUGUCUUUCACUGCUUGAAUCAUGAUAACUAGGUUGGACAAGGCUAGGAAUCUUGUGAGUUGGACAGAAUAGCAUUCAUCCAUCAUAGUACUACUCAUCGUUUCGUCCACUGUGAGCUAUAUGUUUGAGGGAUAGUCAAAGAACAGAGCACUGGGCAACCUCAGAUGAGCCUGUUCACAUGUAAUCGAUGCUCCGUCUUUCAGAAUCCUGGUUCUUCACCCUGUCGAUGACCACUUAGACCACAAACGAUC